CCAUACCGCUACGUACAGCGUAAACUGGGUAUGGUUGUGUACAUUGCAGUCAAAAAGACGCCGAAACUUAGGGCACCAGAAAUGUCGUGGAUGUUUUUAUCAAUUUGAAAGGGCAUCACGAUGAAGAUCUUAGUCCUUUUCACCUUGUUAUUUGGGGUCUGCCAUGGGGAUUCCAAAACUUGGCAACAGGAUGUUAAUUUUGGAAACCCAAACAACUGGGAUAAAGGGAGAGUACCUUGUGCAUCGGACUCUAUCAAGUUCCGUGAGUCGGUCAACAUAGUAUACAUGCAGACCAACUCUACAUUGAAACAGAUACUUCUUCCACUCAAUGGAGCACUUGUCCUGGACAAAAAUGUAAAACUUGCUUUCACUGACGACCCCAGCGUCCAGCCAGAAUGCACAGGGGAAGAGCAAACAUUUAUCGCUGACACACCCGAGAGUUGGUAUAACCCAGUGAACUGGAUUGGAGCUAAUGGUCCAGUUGCAGUGGAUACAGAGAGCAUACCAUGUCAGUUUGAUCAGGUCAUCUUCCCAACUGAGAAACUAUUCUCCGUCGAAGUAGACCUCAGUACCACUGUAGGCACAGUCAACCUUGCUGGGGAGAGUUUUGUAUCUACCAGUGCAUUCUCAAGCUUCCUCAGUUCACCAUCUGGGCAGCAGCAGUUCUCCCUGUCCAACAAUCCUACCAUUCUAUUGAAGAACUCCCAGUGUAAUGACCUGACUGGCUGUGUGUGUGGGAAUGAUGUUGAACCGACUAGGACAAAAAUUUGUGGCUUCAAGAGCACCUGUCCUCCCCUUACCUGCCGGGAUGCACCUAUCCCUGUUGGAGGAUGCUGUCCAGUAUGUGGAGCUGUUGUUACAAUGGAAUACAACCCGCAGACAUUCAACUAUGAGACAAUGAAGAGAGACAUAGAGAGCAAAUUUGGCCUUGGUCCUUCAGCUACAUCUUCCAAUUUAGCCAGAAAGAAACGCCAAGCAGAGGAUGAUGUAACAAUGUACAUGUCUAAGACAAGUGAGGAUAAGAUUCAGAUGGUCUUCACAGACAACAACGGAGGGAGUACCAGUGGACAAGCAGCUAUUCGUCUUGCCCUUGAUGUGGAAGAUGACAUUGCUCGAAAUUUGGAUUCUUAUGGAGUCAAUAGUGUUACCAUGGAGAGUUCAGAGAAAGGAACUGGUGGUUUGUCUGGUGGUGGAGUUACAAGUGGGGGUAUAGCAGGUAUUAUCAUUGCUGUGAUUGUGAUCAUCUGCUUCAUCAGUACUAUGAUCUUCAUUCUCAUGAGAAGAAAUUCACUUAGUUGGAAAGAUGAACCAUUGCAUGCUGAAAGUGAUAUUGAGAUGUCUCAAGGUAUACCACCAGGCUUCAUGCAGGAGAUCCCUAAUCCAGCCUUUGACUCUGCUGUCAGAGGCUUUGAUAAUCCUAUGUAUACCACUACAGGCAAGGAGAAUAUCUAUGCAGAUCCUGCCCAGGUGAAGGUCAAUGGGUCUGGGGAUGACGAGAAGGCAGGGUAUGUAGUCGAGGAGAAGGGCGCCAUCAAUGGUCCAAACUGGGAGGAAGAUGGAGACAUGAAAGCCUUCUCAAAUCCCAUGUCUUCUAAUGUCUUGGAUGAGUCCAGUGCUUAGGGCGUGUCGAUGUAAAGAAAUCUUGGUGUUUGAUGAAAGUUGUUUGACUUCUAAUACAUUGACAGAGUAGUAUACAUGUUUUUGUGUCUCAAAUAGGGUAUAGUGCUCAGACACAAUAGAACCUGGGGAUAGUUCCAAAGUAAAUCUUCAGCCCAGUCAAAGUGAAUGAGUAUUCAAAAAGUUAUGUAAACCAGGAGAAAUGUACAAUAUUAAUUGGAUAAAAUUCAAGUACUAGUAUUUUAAAUCAACGCUAAAUGACCAAAAGCUCACAUAACCUUACAUUCAAUUCAUCAUCGAUAUGGGAAAUCCAAUAAUCUACAUCAAGUAAAUGUAUUUCUUGUAUUCUGAUGACCAAAGUAUUCAUUCAAAUGAAAGUAUAUUGAAUAGGGUAUUCAUAUUUUUUCUUCUAUAAUCAUUCAUUGCUUUAUUAGUGUGCUUUAUGAGUAGCAAACCAAAGAGUAGCCAUCAUAUGUGCAUCAUUGAACAAGGACAUCAGUGUUUAGUAGAUUUCAUGUUUAUUUUUAUAUAGACCAUUCCCUUUUUACUCUACUUAUUCUACUUAGUGUGCUUUUAAUUGAAUUUUACUGCAUUUUCCCUUUUUAUUACUUUGAUCAUGUACAAUUAUCACUCAGUGUAAAAAUAAUAUGCCACAUUAACCAUGCAUCUUCUCAAACAAUUAGCUUCAUACCUCUUAAAAUGAUUAGUGUGCUAAACAUGAACUAUGCAUCUAACUGGGAAUUUUUUGUCAUACUGUAUUAUAAAUUUGUGUGCUCUUGAAUUCCCCAAUGACAAAUGCAUUAUGUACUUUUUUAUAUAGAAAUUUGUGUGCUAAGCUGCUGUGCUUUUCAAUUUCCCAUACAUGAUACAAACUUAUAUUUUUGCAAAUAGCUGGCAAAUACAAUUAGACUGAGCAUUUUCGUAUGUGGCCUUAAUGCUCUAUAUGUAUUUCUAGAUUUGUACUAAAUAUUUGAAUUUUCACACCUCUUCCAGUACUGUGUGCUUCUAAAGUUGUGUAUUUUUAUGAAAGGAAUUUCUUCCUCACUUUUUACUAAACAGCCAUAAAAAAACGUUUUUAUACAGGUAUUUUUUUACAUUAAAUAUAUUUUUCAGAAAUUUAAGGUUAUUCCUCUGUAUUCAUUCCAUUUUAAUCAAUAAAUAUAAUCUUAGCAUAUUGCA